AUGCCCCAUGUGCUGUCCUCCCCUCUAUCUCAUCAGGACAUUCUCGAGUUCUCUGGCGAGUACCCCCUGGCAGGUGCAGCAGACAUUCUCGAAUUCUUUGGCGAGUACCCUCUAGCUAAGGCAGCAGUGCACAUCAUCACCACCAGCAUCGGCCGUCUCACACGGGAGGCCUUUGUGGAGUUCGGCUCUACAGACGAGGCGAGAGCGGCGCUGGGCAAGGACCGGGAGCGCAUGGGAACAAGAUACAUCGAGCUCUAUUUGUCGUCGCGGGAUGAAGCGACAAGGAUAGCCACGCGGGCAAGCACUCAGUUGAUGAGGGGGAAAGGAGGGAGGGUGGGAAGGGUAGUGGGACAAGGGGGGUGUUGCGAGACCUGGGAAACAGGGUGGGAGGAAGAAGCAUGGGUGGGAGUAAGGAGCAAGGGUGGGAGGAAGGAGCAUCGGUGGGAGCGAGGAGCAUCCGUGGGAGGGAGAAGCAUGGGUGGGAGUGAGGAGCACGGCAGGCCCACCCACCACCACCACACGUCUUCACUGGCACUGCAUCGCCGCUGCUCCCCCACAAACAAUGAGCCAUCCAAAGAAGGGCCUGGAUCAGAGGAGAAGGUCGACUCACAGAAAGGAGAAGCGUCGACUCACAGGAACGAGAAGCAUCGACUCACUCAAAGGAAAAGCAUUGACUUACUGAAACAUGAGGGCGUUGGCUCAUUGGAAGGACAAGAGCUGACCCACUGGAAGGAGAGAGAGCUGAAUAACAGGAAGGCGAGGGCGAUGGGUGACUGGAAGCGCUGCCUCCCUGCAGUGGAAGGUCCUUCUGCAGUGGAAGGUCCUUCUGCAGUGGAAGGUCCCUCUGCAGUGGAAGGUCCCUCUGCAGUGGAAGGUCCCUCUGCUGUGGAAGGUCCCUCUGCAGUGGAAGGUCCCUCUGCAGUGGAAGGUCCCUCUGCUGUGGAAGGUCCUUCUGCAGUGGAAGGUCCCUCUGCAGUGGAAGGUCCCUCUGCAGUGGAAGGUCCCUCUGCUGUGGAAGGUCCCUCUGCAGUGGAAGGUCCCUCUGCAGUGGAAGGUCCCUCUGCAGUGGAAGGUCCCUCUGCAGUGGAAGGUCCCUCUGCAGUGGAAGGUCCCUCUGCAGUGGAAGGUCCCUCUGCAGUGGAAGGUCCCUCUGCAGUGGAAGGUCCCUCUGCAGUGGAAGGCCCCUCUGCAGUGGAAGGUCCCUCUGCAGUGGAAGGUCCCUCUGCAGUGGAAGGUCCCUCUGCUGUGGAAGGUCCCUCUGCAGUGGAAGGUCCUUCUGCAGUGGAAGGUCCCUCUGCAGUGGAAGGUCCUUCUGCAGUGGAAGGUCCUUCUGCUGUGGAAGGUCCCUCUGCAGUGGAAGGUCCCUCUGCUGUUCCACAAGCUCUCCAGAUGGCGGGCAAAGCGAGCUCUCUGCUGCCCACUACACUCUCGGUUGCUGCUGCUGCUGCUCCUUCUGCUGCCACAGUGAGUGGGAUGCAAGGAACAAUUGGGGGAGGGAAGGAAAUCAACCUCUUGUCCUCUGUGUUUCCUCUCCUCCUCUACUUCCUCUCCUCCUCCUCUACUUCCUCUCCUCCUCCUCCUGUACUUCCUCUUCUCCUCCUCUACUUCCUCUCCUCCUCCUCCUCCUCUACUUCCUCUUCUCCUCCUCUACUUCCUCUCCUCCUCCUCCUCUACUUCCUCUUCUCCUCCUCUACUUCCUCUCCUCCUCCUCCUAUACUUCCUCUUCUCCUCCUCUACUUCCUCUCCUCCUCCUCCUCCUCUACUUCCUCUUCUCCUCCUCUACUUCCUCUCCUCCUCCUCCUCUACUUCCUCUUCUCCUCCUCUACUUCCUCUCCUCCUCUUCCUCUACUUCCUCUUCUCCUCCUCUACUUCCUCUCCUCCUCCUCCUCCUCUACUUCCUCUUCUCCUCCUCUACUUCCUCUCCUCCUCCUCCUCUACUUCCUCUUCUCCUCCUCUACUCCUCUCCUCCUCCUCCUCUACUUCCUCUUCUCCUCCUCUGCUUCCUCUCCUCCUCCUCUGCUUCCUCUCCUCCUCCUCUGCUUCCUCUCCUCCUCCUCCUCUACUUCCUCCUCUCCUCCUCUGCUUCCUCUCCUUUCCCUCCACGUGGAUUGUCCUCUGCUCCUCUGCUCCGCUGCUCACUGUUCUUCAUGCUAA